AUGGAUAUGCGCUACGGUGAAUGUGCGGAUGACCCAGAGUGGACGUUUCAGGUACAGGGACCUGAUCAGCCGGAAUACGACACGAUGUUUUACCCCCUUUCAACAAAACUAGGCGAGAGCAUCUAUAUCAUUAAUGAAGAUGGCUCUAGAACAAUGAACCGGGAUGCAUACAACAGAUCCAGAUGCUAUGAGCAUAUUGCUGGUCCUGACUGCCGAAAUACCCAAGGAUACCUAGGGAAGAAUAUAUCGGCCGAAGAAAUGACCGGUUGUCAUACUGUUCAGUGUAUCCUUGCAAAGCGAGAAGACUGGGAACCUAGGCCAGAUGAUAUGGAGUUCGAACACAAAAGUCGAUAUCAUCUCACAGGCGUCGCAGAGAACAUGCCUUCGUCCGGAUAUGGGUUGAAAUUUGCUCCCGUCCGACAUGGCAUCGAUAAUAUUCAGGCGGAAACUGAGUUUUUGCUUGAAACGUCCCAGGAGCAACUGGAUGAGACCGGGCUACCGUUUCAUCCAGCGUGUUUUGAAUUGUUUAUCCAGGCCAGCAAGCAGUGUCUCGGGGAGGUUGACAUAGACACGUUGGUCCGGAUUCGUGACAGAGCAUGUAUGGAAAGCCAGCACUUCCCAAUCGAAGACAACGAAGAUGUCAAAGAGGGACAAGAACAGGUCUGGAAUCAUACCGUCGGACACGAAUAUCUAGUCGCCAAUCCCAUAUUUGUCCCCUCACUCAAACCAAUCAUCCAGUCCGCCAUUUCCACAGACAGAGGAUUCAGCGUGAACAACAGCCCCUUCGAAUCCAGGAGUCCAAUAAAUCCAGCGUCAACCGCUCGAGAUCCCUUCCGCGCAUUGCCCAUUGAAAUCAUUUUAAUCAUCGUUGAUCACCUUAACUCCCCAGAUAUCGCCGCUCUCAGGCUCACAUCACGCGCCUUCACGCACUUACCAACAUCUCUUUGGUUUCGGCUGGUGGUUACGGAGAUGCCAUGGCUGUAUGAAGCAUGGUCUUCGGAUCCGACGCCGUAUCACUGGGCGACUGUGAUCGCGCACGAUGUACACCAGGAAAAGGCAGCUCGGGAAGAGUGGGACCGUGACAUGGAGAAACAAAGUCUUGUUAUCGGUGAAGAGAUGCCUGAAGUUCAGGCUGAAUGGCUGCGCAACCUCCCUCGGUGGGAAUGGCCGGAUCACCCGGACAGAUUGGAAGUUCUCGAUCUGAGUCCGGCGAGAUUACACUACCAUACUACGAACUGGUACCGACUGUACCGGGACAUUACUGUCAAUUGGAAGCAGCUCAAGGGGCUACAGAACCGCGCUAGGAUUUGGGAUGCCGUGUUGCAGAUUGUUGGUGCGAUUAAGGAUGCUCGUGGGGAGUAUGUGAAUGAGGGUUUCAGUGAUGGUAUCGUUUAG